AGGAUGGCCGGAAAAAAUGAGGUCAGGACCUACGGAUUGGCAGCUAGAGAUACCUCCGGCGUCUUCUCUCCCGUCGAAUUCGCCCGAAGGGCAACAGGAGAGGAGGAUGUUAGAUUUAAGGUGCUCUAUUGCGGAAUUUGCCACGCCGACCUUCACUCAGCCAAGGAUGACUUUGGCCAUACUUCAUAUCCAGUUGUACCAGGGCAUGAAAUCGUUGGUGAAGUAACUGAGGUAGGGAGCAAGGUAACAAAUUUCAAGAUUGGAGACAAAGUUGGAGUGGGCUGCUUUGUUGGAUCAUGCCGCUCGUGCGAGCAAUGUUCAAAUGAUUUAGAGCCUUACUGCCCCAAGCGGGUCAUGACCUAUGGUUCCAUUGAUGAAGAUGGAACUCGAACUCGCGGAGGAUACUCUAACGAGAUGGUGGUGAAAGAGCAUUUUGCCAUUCGGUGGCCGGAGAACCUCCCUCUUGACGGGGGUGCUCCGCUGCUUUGUGCUGGCUGUACUUUGUAUAGUCCAUUGAUGUACUAUGGAUUGUCCAAACCAGGAACCCAUUUGGGAAUUGUUGGCCUGGGUGGAUUGGGACAUGUUGGUGUUAAAUUUGCCCAGGCAAUGGGGCUAAAAGUAACAGUGAUCAGCAGCUCAAAUAGGAAGAAGGCGGAAGCCGUCGAUCGUCUUGGAGUUGACUCGUUUUUGGUCAGCACUGAUCCAGAACAAAUGCAGACUGCAAUGGGCACAUUGGAUGGUAUCAUUGACACGGUGUCUGCCUUCCAUCCGGUCAUGCCAUUAAUUAGUCUCCUAAAACCUCAUGGGAAGCUUAUUGUGGUCGGUGCACCAAAUAAGCCGCUCGAAGUAGAAAUCAUUCCCCUACUUACGGGGAGAAAAAUGAUUGGAUCAUCUGCUGCUGCGGGGAUAAAAGAGACUCAAGAGAUGAUUGAUUUUGCAGCAAAGCACAAUAUCACUGCAGAUGUUGAGGUCAUUCCUGCGAAUUAUGUUAACAAAGCAAUGGAACGUCUUGAGAAGGGAGAUGUUAGAUACCGAUUUGUCAUUGAUAUUGGAAAUACUCUCGCGGCUGCUCCAAGCACCUGA